GACAAGGGUGCAAAAAUAGUAAGGUAAAGAGAAAGAUAGAAGAAGAUAUGAAGAGAGAAAGAAAGGGUUAAAAGAUAUUAUAACAAACUAAGGGUGGGAGUGGGAGUGAGAUUGGAGUUUUAUUUCGAUAUUACUCCGGCCACGUUUUGAUUCUCUCGCGCUCCCGUUGCUUCUUGUUUCCCUGAAUACCUUUUAACACUGUUCAGGGUUAUAAGGGAUUCAAGAAAAAUAUGUAGAGUUUGCCUGCUGUUCUGUUAAUUUGGUAUCCAAAGUUUAAGUGAUGAGUCCAGCUAGCAUUUGAUAUUUUAGCCCUAAUAAUAAAGCCAAUAUACACAAUGUCAUUGCCUUUUACAGAAAACUAACAUUGUGAGGAGAUUUGGUGAGAAGAAAUUGCCCUUUGGAAUGCACUGCUGCUGCUAUUAUUGUAACUUGGAUGAGAUUGUUUGAAAUGGCUGUGGCCAUUGAUCAACAACAACACCAUGGAUUUAAACCAUUUAGCCGAUCCCAAAGAUGCAAACUCCAAUCCUUUGGUCAUCUUGAUUACAACAACAUUCUCCAACUCAACCAACAAACUACUUUUUCCCACUCUUUCGAACUAGCAUUUCAAGCCGAUAAUAUUCACCGCAGUUUCUCCACUCCAUGUCUACCCUUAACCGGGGGAGAUGAUCUCCAUUCUCCUCAUCCGAGGAUUGAGGUCGUUCGUGGAAGUGGAGCUCCGGUACACACUCUUGUUGUCGAGGUUGCUAUUGCUAUGGCCUCAGGUAUUCAACCUAUUCCACUCCCUAAUGGACUUGGUGGUGCCUAUGUUUUCCAUAACCAAAAUGGUAACAACAUUGCUGUAGCAAAGCCAGUAGAUGAAGAACCUUACGCCAUUAAUAACCCCAAAGGCUUAAAUAACAGUCCUCAAAUAAUGCUAGGCCAACCUGGCUUAAAGCGCUCGAUUCGAAUAGGUGAAACUGGAAUUAGAGAAUUAGCUGCUUAUCUACUUGAUCAUGGAGCCUUUGCUGGCGUGCCUCCAACUGCUUUAGUUAAAUUCUGUCAUGCUACAUUUUCUGAUACUUCAGCCACAGUUAAACUCGCCUCGCUCCAACGCUUUGUUGGUCACGGUUUCGAUGCUGGAGAGUUAGGCCCUUCUUUCUUCUCAGUUGGUUCUGUUCACCAAAUCGGUAUUCUUGACAUUAGACUUUUGAAUCUUGACAGACAUGCAGGGAAUAUGCUUGUUAUGAAACAUGAUCAAAAGAGUUAUUGUGCUAAUGGUGGUGCUGUUGCUGAUCUUGUUCCGAUUGAUCAUGGCUUUUGUCUACCUGAGUGGCUGGAUGAUCCAUAUUUUGAAUGGCUGCAUUGGCCACAAGCCUCAAUUCCUUUCUCUGAAUCAGAACUUGAGUACAUUUUAAAACUUGAUCCUUUUAAAGAUGCUGAUAUUCUAAGAGCCGAGGUUCCUUCGUUGAGAGAAGCGUCUAUUCGUGUUCUUAUCGUUUGCACAAUUUUCUUGAAACAAGCUGCUGCUGCUGGUCUUUGUCUUGCUGAUAUAGGCCAGAUGAUGACAAGGGAGUUUUGUCGCGGUAAGGAAUCAUCGUCCAGUGAAUUGGAAAAUAUUUGCUUGCAAGUCAAGGCAAGUAUCAACAAUGAGAGUGAAAAAGAAGAACAGGAGUCUAGUUGUGGAGUUGGUGGCAUUUCUUUUGGUGACAUGAACAAGGGUGAAUGGGAAUUGUUUUUGGAGAUUUUUGAUAAGUUUGUGAUUGGAGUUUUUGAGGAAAAGAAGACGUACAAGAGUUGAUGCAGAAGUUGGAAACAUCAAGGAAAGUUAAUGAAUGUUAAUAAGAUAGGGAAACCAAAGCCAGAGAUAUGAUGAAUCAUGAAUCACUGUCGCUUAUAUAAGUUGUACAUUAUUAAUGUUGCCAAAAAAAAUUAUUAGCGUAGAUUGUGUAGAUAUAAAGUACCAUAUGACAAAAAUGGAAUAGUGAUUGGUGAGGUGCUAAUGCCAUCCAUUCCAUUUAGCAACUUUGUCUUUGUUGCAUUUGUCUUUUCUUUAUCAAAAUAGAUUUGUACACUAUCUAAGUGUGCUAACCUGUGAUUAUGUAAAUUUUUUAAUUUCGGUGAUUCAAUUUGUAAUGGAAUUAAUUGAUUAUUAUGUAAAUUCUUCCCAAUGU